ACAUAAUCCAGUGACAAGUGAUAUACAACAAUGCAGUUGUUAUUACCAAGAUCUUGUGGGAAAGAUCAUCAACUUCCCCAGAUCGCUAUUACAUUACUAGUGUCUUUAACAAGUUUAUCGUGUGGAUUAUUAUACGCAUGGACCUCUCCAUCAAUUCCGAAACUGGUUAACGAUCCAUCGCUGGACAUCUCCCUAGAUGAGGCUUCCUACUUCACUGUGAUACAUCCACUUUCAAUGGGAGUUUUCUCGGUACUUCAACUGAAAGUUAUUGACAAAGUCGGUCGUAAGCUGGCCAUCAUUGCAACUAUCAUUCCGCAACUAGUUUCGUGGUUAUUGAUUGCUUUCGCGCAACGUAUAGAAUUAUUUUACCUGUCGAGAGUUAUGGCCGGGAUCGCGGACGCAGGGGCGUUUAGCACCAUCACAAUAUAUGUGUGCGAAAUAUCGGAAGCGAAAGUGAGAGAUACUUGGAAUAAUGCUAUCUCAGUAAGUCUUUAUUUGGGUGUGCUUCUGGUGAAUGUUGUUGGUUCCUACUUCAGCAUUACAGACACUGCCUUAAUGUUCGCGUGUAUUCCAAUAAUACAAAUCGCGCUCUUUAUUUUUGCACCAGAAUCACCUUACUAUUUAUUGGCGCGACAUCGAACAGAGGAAGCGAGAUGCAGUUUACAGUUGCUCCGUUGGAGAAGUGAUGUAGAUGAAGAAAUGGAGCAACUCGAGGCUGAUGUCCAAAGGCAAAUUUCGGAAUCUUGCCGAUUUAUUGACAUAGUUUCAGUGAAAAGUCACCGAAAAGCUUUUGUUAUUUGUUUAGCUAUACGAACCAUACAACAAUUUAGUGGACUUUCGGCAAUAGAAUCGCACACUCAGUAUAUGUUUGCGAAUGCGGGGGUUGGAAUAUCGGAAUCACUUUCUUCGAUCAUUUUCGCUGCUGUUUUAAUGGUCACUGUCACUAUAUCCUGGUUUGUGAUGGAUAAAUUUCGUCGCAAAUCGCUGUUGCUGGUCUCAUGCUUUGGCUCGGCAUUCUGCCUAGGAAUCGACUGUAUUUACUUAGGUAUACGUAAUUUCACUGACCUGGAUUUGUCUUCAGUCAGUUGGAUUUCAUUAUCGUCCAUUAUUGCGUAUACUUUAAUAUUUGGGUUUGGUUUAGCAACUCUUCCCACCUCCAUUGUAGGUGAAAUGUUUUCAUCGAGUGUUAAAGCGAAGGCGUCUUUCUUACUUAACUUAUGUUUUGCUCUUCAGAUGUUACUAAUACCUAAAUUGUUCCAUCUUGUAACAGAGAAUUUUGACCUUUUUUAUUCUUUUAGUUUUUUUGCAAUUUCCGCUACACUCGGUGGUGUCUUUUGCUGUUACUGUAUUAUUGAAACUAAAGGAAAAACUUUGGAGGAAAUUCAACAAGCUUUAAAAGGCGAUUUGCCUAUCAAAUCCGAGAUCAAACCUUAACAAAAAGAAACUCGUGAUCAUUACGUACUCGCCAAACUUUAGAUUUUGUAAAUAUCAGUUGUUUAGUGAUAAUUUGUAAUUUAUAAAUAAUUAUAGUAAAUGUGAUAGUGAUGAUACGGCACUGGUAUCAAAAUCAGAGUAGGCUAUAAUCACAGUUAUAACAACAUUUAUUAUACAAGACGAUAAAGCAUCGAUUGAAUUACCUUCAAGUUAACAUUUUUUCAUCUUCUAUAAUACAGAACUUUAUUUUAUAGCAGAAGCCAUAUAAAUCAUUAUAAAGGGUCUGAAAAUUCUGAAUGUAAUUCGUCAAAAAUAGCAAGAUUUUAUGCUCCCUCGUCGUUUCCAUGGAAACUAUAUUGUUUUUGGUUUUGAACUUCUUUUUAUUUCGCCCUCCGCGUCCCACCCCCAGAAUUAGUGAUAUGGUUGUUCAGAUUCCGUAUAGAUCGUUUAUUUACAAUUAAAAACUCGCAAAUAAGCAACUAAUUUUACAACUUAAGAAAACAAGAAACUAAAUGGUUUGCGACACAGUAAUUGUUUAUACGGUGUGCAAUCUCAGAAUAAUCUUUGAACAGAUUAAUUAAGUAAUAAGUUAGGAUAACAGUUAUUGCAUGGAUUAGGUUACAAUAUCAAUACUGUGCGAUUUCGGUGCAUAUGAAUGGAUCAGUAGAUUAAUGCACAUAUAUGAAAUUACCAUGUUACAAUAUUGUUUAGAUAUACGUAAGAAAACCAACUGUACCUAUAUAAACUCAAGACUGAUUAGGAAUAAAUUAGUAUUUACCGA